AUGAGCCUGCCGCGGGCCACAUGGGCCGAGGGCGGUCGAGAGCCGGGGCAGCCGGAGCCACCGCUAGGCCCGGAGGCGAACGGCUGCGGGUUCGCCCCGGGCUGGCUGAGCGUGUGCUGCGCCGCACGCCUGCCCGCUGCCUCGCCCCGCUACCUGCUGCCUGGCGAGGAGGAGGACGCGGCCACGGCGCCAGAGGGCGGCGCGGCGCGAGGCGGCGGGAGCAGCCCCGGUGGGGCGCGGGGAGCGGCAGCGGCGGGCGGCGGGCGGGCGCGGGGCGGCGGCGGGCCCGGCCUGCGGGCGCAGGUGAGCGGCGUGCAGAAGCAGCGGCGGCUGGCGGCCAACGCGCGGGAGCGCCGGCGGAUGCACGGGCUGAACCACGCCUUCGACCAGCUGCGCAAUGUCAUCCCCUCCUUCAACAACGACAAGAAGCUAUCCAAGUACGAGACGCUGCAGAUGGCGCAGAUCUACAUCAGCGCCCUGGCCGAGCUGCUGCACAGCCCCGUCGCACCCGCCGAUGCCCCCGGCAAGGCCGAGCACCGCGGCGCUCCCUUCGAGGCGCCCUGCGCCGCCGGGACCGGGCCGCCACCUGCGCCGCCGGCGCCGCAGACGGGGCCGCCCAGAGCCUCGCCCUCAGGGCACGGCAGGACUCGCUUCCCCCCGCCGCCGCCCGCAGGGGGUUACUCGGUGCAGCUCGACCCGCUGCACUUCCCCUCCUUUGCGGAGAGCGCCCUGAUGGGACAGCGAGCCCCUUCCCCCGCCCUCCUCAUGCCGCAGCCCGGGCCGACGUCGCAAGAGAGGAGCAAAACGUCUCCCCGGUCCCACAGGAGCGACGGGGAGUUCUCGCCUCGCUCCCACUACAGCGACUCGGACGAGGCCAGCUAG